AUCAUUAUCAUUGUUGAAACAACCUAUAUACGCCCCCCACAUAGUUAUCAUUCAAAGGCACGCUGCAAGUAUUUAUACGGGAAUAUGCUCAAUGUAGCCAUGGUGGUCGGCUUCUUUAUUCUGAUUGUACCUUCUGUCGUAUGGUAUCUCAGGCGCGAUAAAGACGCCCAUGGUAUCCGAAAAGAAAUCAUGAUUACCAUGGGUGUAGGAACGCCUUGUCUGGUCAUGACGAUCGUUUGGCAGCUCGUGUUUGACCCUCCUACUAGAAAAACGCCCUCUUCUAUCCGCAAUAUAUACGGACCUAUGAACUGGCUGAUGGUGGUGACAACGACAAAUCAUAUUGUCAGUAUUAUUUGGCCCUUAUUCAAAAAGAUACCAUUGACGACUUUGUCAACGAGAAAUACUUCCAUCAUGGACUUACUUUUACCAAGGAAAAAAACAAUCCAACGACGACAACAGCAACAACAACCACAACAACAACAGAAUGGCCUAUUAGCCAAUCAGCAAAAAUCCAAGUAUGAUCCGGUAGUAGAGCUGACUACGGAAUCGUUGACCCAAGCUUUACUGAAUCCUAAAAUGCUCCGAGUAUUGCAAACAUGGGCUGUCAAAGAUUUCAGUGUAGAGAAUAUCUUGUUUUAUGAAAAAUACAUCGAAUUCACACAAAAAAUA